AGCUGGCAUCAGUCACCUUUGGUAACAACAAAAGAAUCAACAACUUCAAGAUGAAAUUCUUCGUGUGCUUCGCCCUCGUCGCCAUUGUUGGCUCCGCUUUGGCCAAUCCCGCCGGCUCUAUAAGCAACCAGGAAUCUGAGUCUGAUAACCAGGGCUAUGGUGAUCUGACCCGCCUACGCAAGUCCGCUUAUGGCGGYGGCAGCUCCGGCGGCGCAGCCAGUGUGCCAGCUCCUCCCUGCCCCAAGAACUACCUGUUCAGCUGCCAGCCCAACCUGGCGCCAGUGCCAUGCAGCUCUCCAUCUCAGGGCUACGGAUCUGCCGGUGCCUACUCCUCGCCCGUGGCCAGCUAUCUUGCCCCCAACUACGGCGUGCCCCAGCAUCAGCAGAACCUCUACGGCGCUGCCUACUUGCCCCAGGCCUACGGCUACGGUUACUAGAAGAACACACGAAGAAUCUGAGGACUUGAAUCUGAUACGGCUUGCCGAGCUGCCGAGAAACCAAAAUCUUUGCCAUGCUUAAAGAAAAUACUAAAAAAAAGAACAAUAAAGAUUAAUGCA